AUGUCUUCAUAUAUAGUUAAUCCGCAGCUUGGGCAAAGUUCACAAGUUUCAAAACAUAUGUCUACCAGUAUGCCAACACAGUCCAUAAUAACCGAGAAACCUUCUUCAAUGGAGUAUAUCAAUCCUUCACCACGAAAUCAUAAUGGAAGCGUUUGUAGUGGUGAUAUUUCAAAUAAUAUACAACCGGAACUGAGGCAACAGCCACAUCAGCCACAGCCACCACAAAAACAGCAACCGUUAGUUCCUCAUGCUAAAAAGUUGGUAGACAAGUUCGCUCCAAGGAAUAUGAAAAAUAAAUCUGAUAGACAAUUAAUCGUAGAGACCGCUUAUUGUAAUUGGAAUGGAAAAAAGGACGGUACACAGUCUGACCAACGGUCUAAUAAAAUGGCAGAAAAUAUGAAACCUUUAAAAAAGAAAAAACGCGCGCCAAUCAACAUUACCGAAGGAAUGUCACGAGCUGAUAUAUUUGCUGCCAAUGUAGCUAGUGCCGUAGAUGCCGCUGAAGGUAAAGAGUAUUACGAUGUUUAG